GUAGGUUCUGUUCAUCUUCGUUCAGUCUUCGGCACAGCAAGAGGAUACAGCGGGAGUGCAACAACGACCAUUUUCUUCUCUUUUCAUUUCUUUUCUAAGAGAAAGCAAAAGGAAGGAUUCGCUCAGCCGCUCGCCGCAGCAGAAGAAGACAUGACGACGGCAUUGUUCUGCUCCUGCACACCAAUGCUUCCUUUGCCAGCUAUUACUAAUACAGUCCCCAAAUCUUCUUCUCUCAGUGGAAGCUUCCAAGUAUACCAAUUACCUGUACCGCCUCUAUUCACGGGCAUUAUUAGAAAAGGUAACCGGAGACACCAGAUGAAAGGCCCGUUUACGUGUUUAUCUGUAAAGGGUAGUGAAUCGACGGUCCGAACUGCGAGAAAGAAUCCUGGAAAAGACCGUGGGAAAUUAAUUUUGAGUGAGGGGAGGGAUGAGGAUGAGAGCUAUGGGCCUAUAUGCCCUGGUUGUGGAGUUUUUAUGCAAGAUAAGGACCCAAACCUUCCUGGGUACUACCAGAAGAGAAAGGUUGAAGUGAAACAAUUCUUAGAGGCCACAGAGGGUGAUUUUGAAGGGAUUGAUGAAGAAUUGGAGAGAGUUCUUGAUGAAAUUGAUGGUAAAUUCGAAGAAAGUGACGCUGAAGUAGGCAAUUUGAAAAAUGAAGGGUUUGAUUGGGAUAUGGAAGGAUGGGAAUCUGAUUUCGAGGAUGAUGACAGUGAUUUGAAACAGCUGGAUGGGUUUUGUGCAGCAGGUGUUGGUUAUGGGAAUAUUACUGAAGAGGCAGUUAUUAAGGAGGAGAAGAAGAAGAUGUCAAAAGCAGAGAAGAAGAGAUUGUCUAGGGAGGCUCAUAGGGACAAAGCAGAAGUCACUGUUUGUGCUCGAUGUCAUUCACUGAGGAAUUAUGGGCAGGUGAAGAAUCGGAUGGCUGAGAACUUGAUACCUGAUUUUGAUUUUGAUCGGUUGGUGACUACACGGUUGAUAAAACCUACUGGGAGUUCUGAUGCUACAGUUGUGGUUAUGGUUGUUGAUUGUGUUGAUUUUGAUGGUUCAUUCCCUAGACGUGGAGCAGAGUCUUUGUUCAAGGCACUGGAAGGAAGUAAAGAUGGUCAAAGGCUCAAUAAAAAGUUGCCUAAGCUUGUUCUUGUAGGUACAAAAGUUGACCUUCUACCUUCUCAAGUUUCCCCUACAAGGUUAGAUAGUUGGGUUCGUCACCGUGCAAAGGCUGGAGGAGCAGCUAAGCUUAGUGGGGUUUAUUUGGUUAGCGUCCAUAAGGAUCUGGGUGUGAGGAAUUUAUUGUCAUAUAUUAAGGAGUUAACUGGCCCUCGAGGUAAUGUGUGGGUUAUUGGGGCUCAGAAUGCCGGUAAAUCAACACUGAUUAAUGCAUUUGCUAAGAAAGAAAGGGUAGAAGUUGUAAAACUUACUGAAGCUGCUGUCCCUGGUACAACCCUUGGGAUCUUGAGAAUUGGAGGAAUAUUGUCAGCUAAGGCAAAAUUAUAUGACACUCCUGGCCUCUUGCAUCCAUAUUUGAUGUCUAUGAGAUUAAGUAGGGAGGAGCAGAAAUUGAUUGAAAUAAGAAAAGAGCUACGACCUCGGACUUACAGGAUAAAGCCAGGACAAACUGUGCAUGUUGGUGCUGUAAUGAGGUUAGACCUCAAUCAAGCUUCUGUGCAGACAAUCUAUGUUACUAUUUGGGCAUCACCAAAUGUCUCUCUACAUAUGGGCAAGACAGAAAAUGCUGAUGAUAUUUUUGUCAAGCAUGCUGGAGUCAGGCUGCAGCCUCCCAUUGGCGCAGAACGACUUUCUGAAUUGGGCAAAUGGAAAGACAGGGAAAUCAAGGUGUCCGGUACGAGCUGGGAUGUGAACAGCGUGGAUAUUGCAGUAGCGGGCUUAGGUUGGUUUUCUUUGGGUCUAAAAGGUGAAGCAACCUUGAGACUGUGGAUGUAUGAAGGGGUUGAGAUAAGCGUGCGAGAGCCUUUGAUUCUUGACAGGGCACCUUUUCUUGAGAGGCCUGGCUUUUGGCUACCAAAGGCUAUAUCUGAUGCCAUUGGCAGCCAAACGAAAGCCGAUGCUCAAGAAAGAGGAAGAAAACCAAGAAUAUGAUCAAUUGAUGAUCUUGCGGCCAACAGUCCCUUCUCAACCCUGAAAUCAAAGCAAUUAUUGGAUUCUAAGACAAAGCAGCAGCAGAGCAUCAUAUAUGACAAAGGUAGGCAGCAGCACAAUCUUUUUCCUUGUAUACAUUCAUGUACAUUACAUAUACAAUUUUGGUUGGUCUAGGCUAGAUGUAUGUAGCACAGCAAGAGUACGUAUGAAUUAUUAUAUAACAUGCAAUAACGCAAGGAGAGGUUGUCCUUGUCUUCCUUCGUUCCUUCA